CCACCAUCGGCAACUACCAGUAUCGGACGCCUAGUUCACCUCUUGACCGAUUCGUGUUCGCAACAAUCAAGCGCGUGCUAUCGAUUAUAUCGAUAAUACAUAUCUUAUCGAUAUAAUCGACAAUGAGUUGAAGUGGGAUUUCUCCGCGAUUUCUCGCACACUCUUGUCGUGACGUUUUUCUAUGCUUUUAUCGUUUUAUCGCACGCCUGCUGCCGUCUGCAUUGCGGAUCCAUGAAAUUGUGCCGUCAAUUCGUCAUCGAUCAUCGAUUCACAAAUCACAACUGCUCAUAAUUGCUCCAUGAUUCUUGUUUAUCGAAUUUUUUACGAGAUCCAUUCUAGUCGAGAUCCUUUUCGAGAAUGGAUAUCUAUUUGUUGACAUUAAUCAUCGCAGCGAUCGUACUAAUUACCAUAUGUAUCACUUUUUUACAAGCUACGCGGAAAGUACGAGCCAACACUCAGGAUGGUGUUGCGCAAGUUGGACGAUUAAGAAGAGUAGGCGCUGUAAGAAAUGUUAGACGUCGCAUGCAAGGAAAUGCUAAUUGCCCACCCGAGGAGAAUGACAGACAAGUUGACUACGAUAACGACCAAGAUGGAGCAGACAAAGCAGAAUUGCCAGAUCAUAAGAUAGGAGCGAAAAAACGAGCAAAGCUAGCAGCUAAAGCUGAAAAGAAGAUCCAAAGAGAGGCAGCUGAACGAGAGAGAGAAGAACGUAAAAAACGAGAACAACUUUUGCAAGAGGAAAGGGAUAAACAGGUUGAGAAAGAACAUGCCCAGCAACUUCGAGAGGAAGAAGCAGAAAAGAAAGCCAGAGAGGAAAAAGAAAAGCAAGAAUAUGAAGAAUAUUUAAGGAUGAAGGAAGCUUUUAGUAUCGAGGAAGAAGGUUAUCAACAAGAAAGCAAAGAUGGCGAGGAGAACUUAUUACAAGAAUUUCUUGCAUAUAUAAAGCGAAACAAAGUAUUAGUUUUAGAAGAUCUAGCUGCACAUUUUGGACUAAAGACAGCUAAUGUAAUAGAAAGAAUUCAACAACUGCAAGCUAAUGGUAAUUUGACUGGUGUAAUUGAUGAUAGAGGAAAGUUUAUUUAUAUAUCUGAAGAUGAGCUUGAAGCUGUUGCUAGAUUUGUGCAACAACGUGGUCGAGUUAGUAUUACCGAACUAGCUGAAAAUUCAAAUAGUCUGAUCAAUUUGAUUUCUGUACAGAGCCAUAGUGUUUCAGCUAGUUAGAUAAGAGUUCUUGUUGUACAUACUUCAUACCGAUUACAACACUGCUAAAUGAAUACAAUUAUUAUAUAUAGUAUAUUUAAUAAUUUCUAUUUAUAAUAUAGAUUUGUUAUGUCGAGUAUAAUAAGAGCUGAAUCAUUCCUGAA